CUGUCAUUGCCAAGUUUGUGUCGCUCGUUGUAGAAUAUUCUUCCUAAAUUGCGUGAUUGAAUUAUAGGCUCCCUUCUGCGUGGCUGAAACAUUUUGCGUCGAUUGUUUUAGCUGUGAUUACAAAAACUAUACAACCACCAACCGAAAAGGAAGAUGUCCGGCAAUCAGGAUCAAGUAAAGCAGUUUUCACAGAUAACCGGCGCAUCGGAGGAAAGAGCCAAGUUCUUUAUGGACGCCGCCAACAAUGAGUUGCAGGUAGCAUUGUGCAACUUCUAUGAGAAUGAAAACGCGGACGUUUCAGACGACGAAAAUCCGCCUGCUGAACCAUCAUCCAUCCAGUUUGCUAGAGCGGAAAAGACGAAGACAAAGAAAGCACCAAAGCCACAAUCAAACAUUGCUACGCUCCACACAUUGAAUUCAUCCUCCUCGGAGGACGAGGAGGAGCAAGGCCAAGCGUUCUACGCUGGAGGUUCGGAACGUUCCGGACAGCAGGUGCUGGGUCCUCCGAGAAAAAAUCCGAUAAAGGAUUACGUAUCGGAAAUUUUCCGCUCGGCCCAGCAGGGUAAUCUGGAAACAUUCGAUCCUUCGGACGAAAGUGGUGGCUCCAGCUGUUCUCUGUAUGCCGGUACAGGCUAUCGGCUCGGCCAAACCGAGGACGACCAUCAGGAGGUGGCGGCCCGUGGAUCUCGCUCUGGGGCCGGGGCUCAAAAUCUAGAGAUAGUAACGCUCACCCUGUGGCGCCAGGGAUUCGUUAUCAAUGACGGAGAGCUGCGUCUGUACGAUGACCCGGCAAACAGAGAAUUCUUCGAGUCAAUCACCCGGGGUGAGAUUCCGGAGGAGCUACGUUCCAAGGGACAGACAAUGUUCCGGGUUGAUCUGAAGGACAAUCGGCACGAGGAGUACGUGAAGCGCGGUAAACCGUUCAAGGCGUUCGGUGGAGCGGGACAAACGCUCGGUAGUCCGGUACCGCCCAUGGCAACGACCAGUGGUAGUAGUGGGAGCAACACAAACAUCGACUCUAAUGCCGAUGGAAAAAACAAUGAAGAAAAUGAAAAACGUGCCGCCGAGGAGCUAGCGCUGGACGGUUCCCAACCGACGACGGCUCUGCAGAUUCGUUUGGCUGACGGAAGUCGAUUAUCGGCACGCUUCAACCAGUCACAUACCGUCGAUCAGGUACGGCAGUAUAUCCUGACGGCUCGACCGCAGUAUGCCGCACAAAACUUUGCUCUUCUGACAACGUUCCCGAGCAAGGAGCUCAGCGAUGGUAUGCAAACGUUAAAGGAUGCCGGUCUGCUGAAUGCAGCCAUCAUGCAGCGCUUGAAAUAGUCGAUUAGAGGAGGCUGGCGAAGGCACGCUUUCCGUUACAAGCUACAAAGCCUGUGGGAACCGGGUGCCUGUUGGGAAUAAUAUUUAGAACGCUCCAGUUCAGUGGAAGGAGUUUCUUUAGGUUUAUGGAUUUUCGAUUUAUGAAUGAAUUCAAUAUUUUAUACUUUCACUCCCUCGAAAGCAUCGAUCGGUGCACACGAACGCACGUCGAUUUCCGCAGGUUCAUAAUCCUUAAAAAUGGCUCAUUUGCCUGGUGUUUGAGAGACAAUUGUGAUAAACCCUGGUGGAAAAUAUGUAUCGUUGCUGAACUUGGAAAUAUAUAUAUUAAUCGGUGAUUAACAAUCGACUUAUUUCCGUUCGGCUUAUACCGCAAACCAAUACUUAAAGAUUUGUAUGGUUGUUCACUAGUAUUACUAUUACAAAACGAGGCCUCUACAAUUAUAUUUGUCUUACUUUCACUGUUCUAAUUCACUCUUUAUUAUAUAAUUUGAAAGGGAAAUAUCAUCAACACUUGGAUCAUUGACUAGCAGAAGAUUUACAAACGGACGUAGCAUUCUUUUCUUAGUCGCUAUGGCAUGAUUUUGACUGAAUCAUGAAUGAAUAUUAAACACAUAAAAAUUCAAAUUAAGCUGCACGAUCAUAGUUGCUUCGUGCGUAAUGUGAAACAAAACUUUUCGUUUAGCUGA